AUGAAUUAUUAUAUACUUGUGUUGACAUUAAUUUUUCUCUAUACUCUAGCAAAAUUGUCCAGUAGGGGCACCAAAAAACUUCCACCAGGGCCAUCACCAUGGACAAUUAUUGGAAAUCUUCACUUGUUAGGUACAAAACCCCAUGUAUCACUAGCCAAUCUUGCAAAAAAAUAUGGUCCAAUUAUGAGAUUAAAAAUAGGACAAGCAACAAUAGUGGCCAUUUCUUCAUCAAUCAUGGCAAAACAAGUUCUUAAAAAUCAAGACUUAGCCUUUUCUACUAGAUUUGUUCCUAAUGUAGUUCGAACACAAAACUAUUGUAAUUUUUCUGUGGUAUAUCUUCCUGUUUGUCCUCAAUGGAGAACAAUUAGGAGAAUUUGGAACACAAAUAUCUUUUCUUACAAUAGGCUUGAUGCAAAUCAACAUCUAAGGUCUCAAAAAGUGAAAGAAUUGAUUGCUUAUUGUGAAAAAUGUAGUCAACAAGGUGAAGCUUUGGACGUAGGUCAAGUUGCUUACACCACUGUUAUCAAUAUGUUGUCAAACACCCUUUUCUCCAAGGACUUGGUUGGCUAUUUAUCGGAUUCAAAGGUCGAAUUGAAGGACACGCUCAUUGGCUUCAAACAUGUGGCUGGUAAGAUCAACCUAGCGGAUUUUUUUCCCAUACUAGAAAAGAUUGAUCCUCAAAGAAUAAGGUAUGACGGAAACAUCUAUAUUGGUAAGUUGUUUAAGUUUUUUGAUGAUUUGAUAAAUGAGCGACUGGAGGAAAAGAAAACGAACCAUGAUGAAAAGAGUGAUGUUUUGGAAGCGCUUCUCAACCACAGUGCACAAAAUCCCAAAGAGAUUGAUCAAAAUCAUAUAAAAUCCAUGUUCGUGGACUUAAUUAUGGGUAGUACUGAUACAUCUAUAAUUACAUUAGAAUGGGCAAUGACAGAAAUACUAAGACAACCAGAGAUUAUGAAGAAAGCCCAAGCUGAGCUUGCACAAAUCGUUGGAAAAGGAAAACCGAUAGAGGAAGUUGAUCUAUCCCGACUCCCUUACUUGCAAUUUAUCAUCAAAGAAACAUUAAGAAUGCACCCACCAUCUCCAUUCUUAGUCCCCCGCAGAGUAGACCAGGAUGUUGAAUUGUGUGACUAUAUCAUCCCCAAGGGUUCACGAGUACUAGUAAAUGUGUGGGAAAUUGGUCAAGAUUCUACUUUUUGGGAGGACCCUUUGGUGUUUAAACCUGAGAGAUUUCAGAGUUUAGAAUUAGAUCCGCGAGGAAAAGAUUUUGAAUUGAUUCCAUUUGGUGCUGGUCGAAGAAUAUGCCCUGGCUUGGCACUUGGAUUGAGAAUGGCCCCGGUAAUGUUGGGCUCGAUGUUGAAUUCAUUCAAUUGGAAACUUGAGUCUGACAUUGAGCCAAACAUGAAGGAGAAAUUUGAUCUCCUGAUCUUAACCAAAACUCAUCCUUUGCGAGCUAUCCCAUCUCCACUUUGAUAUGUCGGCCGGUCAAUAAAUACUUAUCCAUACUCGAGUUUACACCAAAUAAUAUAUCUGGCAUUCACAGUUGGUAUGAUGUAAACAUUAAGUGCGAGUAAGUUUUAUCAUUUUCUUUAAACCAUAGGAGAAUUAAA